AUGGACGACUAUCCUGCUAGAGUUGCUAUUUCUCUGUUCUGCUCCUAUAUACUUCUGUUGCGAAUUACCUGUAGUACUGUAAGCCCUGCCUUGGCUUUGGAAGACUGCGAGUUUCCAGCCAUCUUCAACUUCGGAGACUCAAAUUCAGAUACUGGUGGAUUGGCAGCAUCCUUCUACCCCCCAUCUACACCUUUUGGAGAGACCUAUUUCCAUAUGCCGGUCGGAAGAUUCUCAGAUGGAAGACUCAUAGUCGAUUUCCUCGCUAAGAGUCUAAGUCGCCCUUAUCUAAGCGCAUACCUGGAUUCCCUGGGGACCAAUUUCUCUCAUGGUGCAAAUUUUGCUACUUGGGCUUCCACUAUCAGACUCCCACAUCUCAUUUUACCACUAGCCGAUGGAUAUAGUCCCUUCUACCUUGAUAUUCAAUAUCUGCAGUUCCUGCAACUAAAAUCCAGAUCACAACUCAUAAGGCAGCGAGGGGGAAUAUAUGCAAGUUUAAUGCCCGAGGAGGAGUACUUCUCCAAAGCUUUGUACACAUUCGAUAUUGGUCAGAAUGAUCUUGGCGAGGGAAUUUUCGGUAACAAGACUAUACAGGAAGUCAGUGCAUCUGUACCUGAUAUAAUCCCUGGUUUCUCAGCAAAUAUUAAGAAAAUAUAUGACUUGGGGGCAAGAACAUUUUGGAUCCACAAUACGGGGCCGAUUGGCUGUCUCCCUUACGUUUUGGUAAGAUUCCCAGCAGCUGAUAAAGAUGAGGCUGGCUGUGCAAAGGCUUACAACGAAGUAUGUCAACAUUUUAACCAGGAGCUGAAGCAGGCCAUAGUUCAACUCAGGAAGGAUCUUCCCUUGGCUGCAUUCACUUCUGUAGAUGUGUAUUCUGUCAAGUACUCUCUUUUCAAGGAACCCCAAAAGUAUGGAUUUGAGCUCCCACUUGUUUCUUGUUGUGGCUAUGGUGGUAAGUAUAAUUAUAACAGUAGUGCAGGAUGUGGAACAACAAUUACAGUCAAUGGAAGCCAAAUCUUUGUUGGUUCAUGCGAAAACCCCUCAACUAGAUUGAACUGGGAUGGGAUUCACUACACCGAGGCAGCUGCAAAAUUUGUUUUUGAUAAAAUCUCAACUGGAGCAUAUUCAGAUCCACCCCUGCCAUUGAAACAAGCAUGCCACAGUAGUCGAAACAAGAACUUGGAGAAAAAUUAAAACGUCUUGUAUAAUCGGUAGUCACGACUCAGAACAAGCAAAGCCCAACACAUACGAUUUGGUAUUAUGU